UCUUCGCCGGCAUGGAGCUGGUAACGUUCGCGUUGGCCUACUUCGCUGCCAAGCGGCUUUCACUGCUCACCGCCUUUCUCUGCUGGAGACCAGAGGAGCUAUCCACACUAUGUCGUAAUGCGCAACGCCAAGGCAUGCGAAUAAGCGUAGCCGACUGGGAGCAACUUCCGGCUCUUGAGCCCUACGGGACUCAACGGGAAGGCAUGCUGCUGGACGUGACCUGUCCCGGCGCCCCGCUCGUUCUAGAAAAGGCAUCUUUAACCCGUGCCUUCAACCUCCGCCACACCUGGCUAUUGUUGCACGACGCGCCGUUCAACGCAUCCCUGAUGGAGGCUACCCUGGACUCGACACUAGUGCUACCAGACGCCGACGUCGCCUGGGCGACCAACAAUCAGCUUCUGGAUGUAUAUCGGAUCAAGCACGACCAAGCGCUGAUUACUAUGCCGUUGGGGGACGAUGCGGCACGUGUAGCACUCCCGGCUGCGCCAACUAGGCGGCGAGACCUUAACAACGUGUACUUGAGGAGUUCUACUAUAAUAUCUCAGCCGCAAUUCUUCAAGGGUUGGAAUGACCUGACAGUGCGACAAAUUGACACCUUCCCCAAACUUACGUGGCCGCUCAUGCAUCUGCUGGCAGACGACCUACACUUCAGGUACAACUUAAUACAAGUGGACUUGUAUGGCGAGAACCGGAACGGCUCCUUCGACGGCCUGGCGGGGCAGCUGCAGCGGCAGGAGAUCGAAGUUGGCAUCACUUCCAUGUUCCUCCGGGCCGAUCGAAUGCAAGUUCUGCAUUUCUGCUCCGAGACCGUUGAGCUCAGGGGAGCUUUCAUGUUUCGGCAGCCGUCGAAAUCGUCAGUCUCCAAUGUGUUUCUCCUGCCGUUCAGCCGCGGAGUGUGGAUAGCGACGGCACUCACGCUGGUGCUAGCUGCAGCAACGCUGGCGCUGCUGGCGCGGCGGCAGCAGCUGCGAGCGGUCGAUGCAUCGUUGAAACAGCUCUCGAUAGGGGAGGCUGUCAUCUUUACCGUCGGCACCGCGUGCCAGCAAGGGUUCCACAUUGUGCCUGAACUGGCUUCAGCGCGCGUUGUGAUGUUCUGCGCCCUGAUGACGGCCCUGUUCGCGUUCACAGCGUACUCUGCCAAGAUCGUGGCUAUCCUGCAGACGCCCAGUGAUGCCAUCCGCACCAUCGAUGACCUCACGAACUCCCCUAUGACCAUGGGAGUCCAGGAGACCACGUACAAGAGGGUUUAUUUUGCUGAAAGCACACAGCCGGCGACACAGAGGCUGUACCGGCACAAGUUGUUGCCGCUCGGCGACCGAGCGUACCUCAGCGUUGUGGACGGCGUAGCGGCCAUGCGUACAGGCCUCUUCGCUUUCCAGGUGGAAGAGCCAUCCGGCUACGAUAUCAUCAGCAAAACGUUCACAGAACGCGAAAAGUGCGGCCUCAAGCAGAUCCAGGCCUUCAAGUUACCCAUGGUGGCCGUGCCCAUACGGAAACAUUCCGGCUAUAAGGAACUCUUCGCCACCAGGUUACGAUGGCAACGCGAGACGGGGCUGAUGGACCGCACGCGACGCAUUUGGCUGGCGAGCAAGCCCCGCUGCGACGCCAACUCGGGCGGCUUCGUGAGCGUCGGCAUCAUUGACAUCUUGCCUGCUCUGCAUGUGCUGGCUGCAGGGAUGGCAGCUUCGGUGUUGUUUCUGGUCCUCGAGCGCAGCAUGACCCGUCUUAAGUGCUGUGGACGUCCGCGGCACCUGACGCCCUACGUGGAAUAG